AUUUAAUCAAUGAAAACGUAUACUCAUUGAAUAAAGUCCAACAAAUUGUCGAAUGUAUACAAUCACACAUACAAACACGCACAAAAUAUUCAUCAUUUCUAGGAAAAUAUCAUUUUCAUAAUUCACAUUCACAAGUUUCAGCGUACAUAUUACAAAGUACACAAUCAUUUCAGUAUAUAUUUUGAUUACAUAACUAUUGAUGUAAGUGAACUGUUUAAUCAGAAAUGAAGUUCAUCUUAAUACCACUUAUCUUCUUACUUGUAUUAACUCAUAAUGGUACUUCAAAGAGAACAUUGAAAUUCAAUGAUCUAUGGGAGAAAUGGAAAUCUAUUUAUACUAAACAAUACACUGAUGAAGAUGAAGAAGCCAUUCGUAGAAGGAUCUGGAAUAAGAAUCUAAUUAAAAUUCAAUUACAUAAUUUACGUUAUGAUUUAGGCUUUGAAACAUAUUCUAUUGGUUUAAAUCAAUUUACAGAUAUUGAAUGGAAUGAAUUUUAUUCAAUGUAUAAAGUGAAAGAAAGAUUAACCAUUCCUGAAUCAUCACCAUCAUCAUCUUUUAUUGAAGAAGAUUAUGAUGUGAAUAAUAUUGGUUGGACACCGGAUUCUUAUGAUUGGCGUCAUUUUAAUAUUGUGAAUGAACCAAGAGAUGAAGGUUCAUGUAUUGGUUCGUAUGCAUUUGCUGUAACAGCUGUAACUGAAUCUCAAUAUGCUUUACGUACAUCUAAUCGAAAAAAGUUUUCUGUACAACAAUUUAUUGAUUGUACACGAAUAUAUGGUAAUAUGGGUUGUCAUGGUGGUUACACAUUUACAUUGUUUAUUUAUUUACAAAAUUUUGGAUUAGAAACAGAAGAAAAUUAUCCAUUUACGGGUGGGGACCAAGAUUGUGUAGCAAAUAGUUCAGAUGUGGUUGUUCAAUCCAUUGGUUAUAAAUUUCACCGACAUGGUUAUGAAACAAUUUUGAAAUGGGCAGUGUAUAAUGAAGGUCCAUAUGUAAUUUCAAUGAAUAUUGAUGAAAAUUUUUUACAUUAUAAGUCAGGAAUAUAUCAAUCUGAUACAUGUACACAUUAUAAUUUAAAUCAAAGUAUGUUACUUGUUGGUUAUGGUUAUGAUAAUGAUGGUAACGAUUACUGGAUAUUACAAAAUAAUUGGGGAACAAAGUGGGGUGAACAAGGUUAUGUGAAAGUACUUCGUAACCAUUGGAAUAUGUGUGGAAUUGCUUCAAUGGCUUUUCGACCAAUAUUACGUGGUUUUUAACUGUCCCUCAUAUUUUUAACAUUUCACUUAUAUUACUUAAACAAUAAAUUAAGUAGUCAAAACUUUCAACAAAUAUUUUGAACUGUAAAUUAUAAAAAUAUUGAAACAUGUGCAUUGAUUUAAUAUUUCCCCAACCACUUAACAGAAACAACAUGGGAAUGAUGUUGAUGAUGCAUUUAAAAUAGACGAAAGCUACUGUUGUUAGCCCUGGUACGGUCGAGAGUGGGGAGAGUUCGCUCUC